AUGGCCUCCACCACAACAAAUCCAUCAACAUUGUUACCGCUUGAACUUGUCGAUAAAUGCAUAGGCUCACGAAUCUGGGUUAUUAUGAAAGGUGAAAAAGAGAUAGUGGGAACGUUGAUGGGCUUCGACGAUUAUGUGAACAUGGUGUUGGAAGAUGUAGUUGAGUACGAGCAGACCCCAGAUGGUAAACGGGUAACAAAAUUGGAUACCAUUUUAUUGAAUGGAAAUCACAUCACAAUGCUAGUUCCCGGUGGUGAAGGACCUGAAGUUUAA